UGCGCGGCCGCUAGUGUGUGCAUCAUGGUGACGGGCGGACGCGGGACUGUGGUGGCAAUGGCGGCUUGGUCAACCUUAAACGCUGCGGGUGUGACUCUGUUCCUCUUGUUGGUCCUUCUUCGCGUCUCACAGGCUCAGACCUUCUUCUUCCCUUUCCGGCAGCCGGAGACGUGCGGCCACAACCAGUACUUCGAUAUCUCCGCGCUCUCCUGUGUCGCGUGUGGACCCAAUCAGAGGCAGGAUGCUCGAGGAACUGUAUGUGUGUGUCUACCAGGAUUUCAGAUGAUCUCUAAUAAUGGAGGACCUGAUAUUAUUUGUAAAAAGUGCCCGGAAAACAUGAAAGGUGUUACUGGAGAUGGCUGGAACUGUAUUUCUUGCCCUGGUGGUUUAACUGCAGAAGGAAAAUGCCACUGUCCCACUGGCCAUAUUUUAGUGGAAAGAGAUGUUAAUGGAACGUUGUUGUCUCAAGCAACUUGUAAGCUCUGUGAGGAAAGUGAAAACUCUUUUACAAUAGCAAAUGCUUUAGGAAACAGGUGUGUCCAAUGUGAACCAACAUUCAUUAAUACCAGCAGGUCCUGUGUGUGUUCAGAACCUAACAUUUUAACAGGGGGAUUAUGCUUCAGUAGCACAGGGAAUUUCCCUCCACGUAUGAUUUCAGCUGCACGUUAUGGAGAUCUUGGCAUGUCUUUCACUUCAGAAUGGUUUGCAGAGUAUUUGCAAUCAUCAGCAGCUGCUUGUUGGGUGUAUGCCAAUCUAACAUCUUGCCAAGCUCUUGGAAAUAUGUGUGUGAUGAAUAUGAAUUCUUAUGACUCUACCACUUUUGAUGCAUGUCGACUGUUUCAGUUUAUCUUUGAAAAUACUGCUGGACUGGGCACUGUUCAUUCUGUUUCGUUUUGGAGACAGAAUCUUCCAUGGCUGUUCUAUGGAGACCAGCUAGGAUUAGCACCUCAAGUACUCAGUACUACACCUCUUCCUACAAAUUUCAGUUUUAAAGGGGAAAACCAGAAUACAAAACUGAAGUUUGUUGCUGCUUCUUAUGAUGUAAGAGGAAAUUUUCUCAAGUGGCAAACUUUAGAAGGAGGUGUUUUACAGCUUUGUCCAGACACAGAGACAAGACUAAAUGCUGCUUAUUCCUUUGGAACAACCUAUCAACAGAAUUGUGAGAUUCCUAUCUCUAAGAUCUUAACUGACUUCCCCAUGCCUACAUUUUAUGAUGUGUACCUUGAAUAUACUGAUGAAAAUCAACACCAAUAUAUUUGGGCUGUGCCUGUGUUAAACUUAAAUCUUCAGCACAAUAAAAUAUUUGUGAACCAAGACAGUAGCUCUGGCAAGUGGCUUCUGACUCGGCGCAUGUUCUUAGUGGAUGCACUAAGUGGAAGAGAAAACGACUUAGGAAGUCAGCCAAGAUUAAUUCGAGUUGCUACCCAAAUAUCACUGAGUAUCCGCCUUGUACCCAACACAAAAAAUGGAAAUAUCUACCCUCCCUUAAUUACCAUUGCCUACAGUGACAUUGAUAUCAAAGAUCCCAACAGCCAGUCUGUGAAGGUUUCUUUCUCGGUCACAUAUGAAAUGGAUCAAGGAGAAGCACAUGUCCAGACAGAUAUUGCUUUGGGUGUGUUGGGUGGACUAGCUGUUUUAUUGUCUCUUUUGAAGACAGCAGGUUGGAAGAGACGCAUUGGGAGUCCCAUGAUCGAUUUACAGACAGUUAUGAAAUUCUUGGUUUACUAUGCUGGUGACCUGGCCAAUGUUUUCUUUAUCAUCACUGUGGGAACAGGUCUUUACUGGCUUAUUUUCUUCAAAGCACAGAAGUCUGUCUCUGUUUUGCUACCAAUGCCAGCUCAGGAAGAACGUUUUGUUACUUAUGUGGGAUGUGCUUUUGCUCUGAAGGCUCUGCAAUUUUUGCAUAAGCUCAUCUCCCAGAUUACCAUAGACAUAUUCUUUAUUGAUUGGGAGCGACCUAAAGGAAAGGUUCUUAAAGCUGUUGAAGGUGAGGGUGGUGUUCGGAGUGCUACCGUUCCCGUAAGCAUAUGGAGAACAUAUUUUGUGGCAAAUGAAUGGAAUGAAAUUCAGACUGUGAGAAAAAUUAACCCACUCUUUCAAGUACUUACUGUCCUCUUCCUUUUGGAGGUUGUGGGAUUCAAGAACUUAGCAUUAAUGGACUCAUCUUCUAGUCUUUCCAGAAGUCCACCUAGCUACAUAGCUCCUUAUAGCCGCAUUUUGAGAUAUGCGGUGUCUACUGCUCUUUGGCUAGUCAUUGGAAUUAUACAGAUUGUGUUCUUUGCUGUCUUUUAUGAGAGAUUUAUAGAAGAUAAAAUUCGACAGUUUGUUGACUUGUGCUGUAUGAGCAACAUAUCAGUGUUUCUGUUAUCCCACAGAUGUUUUGGUUAUUACAUUCAUGGUAGAUCAGUACAUGGGCAUGCCGAUACUAAUAUGGAAGAAAUGAAUAUGAAUCUUAAAAGAGAAGCGGAAAAUUUGUGUAGCCAAAGAGGUUUGAUACCCAAUACAGAUGGUCAAACUUUUCAAAUUGCUAUUUCUAGCCAGAUGAGACAACAGUAUGACAGAAUUCAUGAGACACUAACAAGGAAAAAUGGCCCUGCUAGACUAUUGAGUUCAUCAGGAAGUACUUUUGAGCAGAGUAUAAAAGCAUAUCAUACUAUGAAUAAAUUUCUUGGCUCUUUCAUCGAUCAUGUUCAUAAGGAAAUGGACUACUUUAUAAAAGAUAAAUUGCUUCUUGAAAGAAUUCUUGGAAUGGAAUUCAUGGAACCAAUGGAAAAAAGCAUCUUUUACAAUGAUGAAAGUUAUUCUUUCAGCAGUGUUCUGUAUUAUGGAAAUGAAGCCACUCUUCUUAUUUAUGAUCUGAUGUUCUUCUGUGUUGUGGAUUUGGCUUGCCAAAAUUUUAUUUUAGCAUCCUUCCUUACGUUCCUACAGCAAGAGGGUCAAUGAAGUACCGAGGUCUCGGGGAAGGCAUAAGUUGCUUGAGCAAAUGUGAAAGGAACCUAAUAGGAAGACAUUUAAAUUACCCAUCUCUCCUAGAUGCCAGCAGUGAGCAGUAAUUAGAGUCCCAUUCACCCUCUGCACCAGAUGUUACCGUAACAAAAAGGCAAGCUCUGAGAUCUAGCUCUAGGCUCAGCCACUUUAACUUGUAACUCUCACACAUCCCCUAUCUGCCUGGAUUAGAAAACAAUUGCGUGGAUGGGUGUGGAGCCUGAGAUGGAGACUUCAAGAAAAACCAAAUUUGUUCUAGAAAUGUUAGUAUUCAUAUCACCCAAAUAUUCCCCACUAUGUCAAAGAAGUGUAUGAGUUAAUAAGAUAAUAAUGUAUUAGUUUUUGAUAGAGAUCUAGAAUUAUGAACAAAUUCUGUUCCUCACAGUUCUUUUGAUGUUUCCAUAGCUUUUAGAGCUAGAGGAAACUUGUCUUGCCAAAUAUUUAAAAGUAUAUUCCUGUGAACAUAAGGGGAUUUGUAUUAUUAAUUUAUAAAAAUAUAUUCUGAAUAGGGACACACACUGCUUCAGUAUUAUGAAAGAUGAUAAUAGUCUUGAAAUAAUUUUGUGUAUCACCAUGGAAUUCAGAUGUCUGAUACAUGAAAAUAAAUAGUUGAGAGAAUUAGCUAGUUUAAUUUAGAUAUUUUAAUUGAUGUGCACAAUUAAUU